CGUUAAAUUCUGCUCUGUCAGAAGACAGCAUCUGUCAAAGCCCACAUUUAAACUGCUGCCUGCCUGUGCAGCAGCCGAAGGACUCCGGGAAUGGAUUUAAUAGACCAGAAUUCUCAGUUAAAACAGCUCAAAACCAUUUCUACUACUGCCUAGCAACAAUGAAGGAGGGAAGAGAGACAAAUCCUAUUACUAAAGGCAACUGAACCACUACGUGCUAGCACUCACUGCUAACAUUACCGUUAGAAAUAUGGAUACUGGGAAGAGGAGAACACAGCACUGCAUUGUCCGACAAGGGAAACACCAGAUGUAAAAGCUCCAAUCUAUCGGCUGGGAACGCCAGACAGCCCCGACCGCCGAGCACGAACAAGAACUACUGUCCUUUUGUUUGAAGGAUGAACAAAAAGCCCCAAGACAAGGACAACACUUAUGAGCAAGGAAGGUAACACAGCAACGAGCCGACAGAUGGACAGAUUGGAUACUGUGAAAAGCAAUCGCAGGAAGCAGACUGUUGGGGGAUGUGCGCAUGUUCGAUAGCAUCUUUUUUGCUGAAGUGAUGGCGUGCCAAAACUAUUUUCUGUGGGUAUAAUCCUCGCACCAUAAAUGGCCUGACCAGGGAAGAGAGAGCCAUUUGCAGAGAAUUACUCGACAUGAACAGAAGGAAAUGAAUACCAAAGAAUAGCAGUGGUUUUGGAAAGGAAGCAAACAGCAUUUUGCUUGGCCAUUGUCUCACACCCCAUUGUUGGAUUCUUACAACAUGCUUCAGUGGAGAAGACGACACUGCUGCCUUGCAAAGAUGACCUGGAAUACCAAAAGGUCGCUUUUUCGCACCCAUCUUAUUGGCCUGAUCUCCCUCGUGUUUCUUUUUGCUGUGUUUCUCUUUUUCAACCAUCACGACUGGCUGCCAGGCAGGGCGAGCUUUAGAGAAAAUCCCAUGACUUACACAAUCCGAGGAUUUAGAUCUACAAAAAGCGAGAUGAACCACAGCUCUCUACGGAACAUGUGGAAAGACGCCGUACCUCAGACCCUCAGGCCUCAAACAGUCACCAACCCCAACAACACUGACCUGUCGCCGCAAGGAGUAACCGGCUUGGAAAACACCCUCAGCGCUAACGGAAGUAUUUACAAUGAGAAAGGCACAGGGCAUCCAACCUCAUAUCACUUCAAAUACAUCAUCAACGAGCCUGAAAAAUGCCAGGAGAAGGUCCCUUUCCUGAUUUUGCUCAUAGCUGCAGAGCCUGGCCAAGUGGAAGCCAGACAGGCCAUUCGACAGACCUGGGGUAAUGAAAGCCUGACGCCUGGCAUUCAAAUUGUUCGCAUCUUCUUGCUGGGGCUAAGUACCAAGACAAGCGGGUACCUCCAGCGUACCAUACAGGAGGAAAGCAGACAGUACCACGACAUCAUCCAACAAGAGUACUUGGAUACCUAUUAUAAUUUAACCAUUAAAACUCUGAUGGGAAUGAACUGGGUUGCAUCCCAUUGUCCAAGCGUUCCCUACGUCAUGAAAACUGACAGCGAUAUGUUUGUCAAUACAGAGUACUUAAUACACAAGCUUCUGAAGCCAGAGCUUCCUCCGAGGCACAGAUAUUUUACAGGAUAUUUAAUGAGAGGUUAUGCGCCUAACAGGAACAAGGAUAGCAAGUGGUAUAUGCCACCUGAUUUGUAUCCAAGCGAACGUUACCCUGUAUUCUGCUCUGGAACAGGUUACGUUUUUUCUGGAGAUUUAGCAGAAAAAAUCUUUAAAGUCUCCCUAGGCAUCAGACGUUUACAUUUAGAGGAUGUAUAUGUGGGGAUCUGCCUUGCCAAGCUGCGAAUUGACCCCAUGCCUCCACCCAACGAAUUUGUCUUCAAUCACUGGCGAGUUUCUUACUCCAGCUGUAAAUAUAGCCACCUAAUUACCUCCCAUCAGUUCCAACCUAGUGAACUGAUCAAAUACUGGAACCACUUACAACAGAAUAAGCACAAUGCCUGCGCCAAUGCAGCAAAAGAGAAAGCAAGCAGGUAUCGCCAUCGUAAACUGCACUAGAAGGACAACAUUCCCUCUGUCAAAUGUAUUCCAUGUGCAAUUUGUAAAUAUUGCUGAACGCAUGUACAGUGAAAAUGGAUGAGCUUAAUGGGACAGCCUUUAGUUGAUGCCCAUCACAUAGUGGAGUCUGAAAAUUAUUUUUUUAAUUUGAAAAAAGUAUAGUUCUUGAUAACACUAAUAUUAUAAAACCAUAACCGAAAGGUUUUCCCAGCAAAUUUGAGGAAAAAGACAAUGGAGAUAUAAUGAUUUUCUGUGUUAAUGUGCAAUAAUAAGCAUGCACACUCCAGUGGUACAAUUGCAGACUUAUGUACCAAUAAAAUCUAAUUGAGCAUAUUUUCCACACAAAUUUUAUUUUUAAGACAAUGCAUUCAUAGCUCUUGCUCUUUUAAAUGUAACAAUUUCUUGUCUAGGAUUGCUAUUAGUAAAACAAAAAACAAGAAGCAAAGGAAAUGCACAAAGGGGAGAUGAAUCUUACCUUCAAAUACCACAUGAAAAUUACUACACACUUCUUAGAAAUGCAGUACACUUAGCAGCAACACGUUUAAAAUUAAGACACCAUUAAACAAACUCUAAAACAAUGCAAAAGUGCUUCGCUCAAGUAAGUCCACUUCUAGCAAGGUUGCUUUUUUGGCUAGGGAAAAAGAAUAAAUGAAAACAAAGCUCAGAAAACCACUACUUUGCACAUCUCCUACUGAAACUCACAGCAGGUGUUCUCAAUUCAGGUCUAGUUUCUCUUCCAAGUUAUUCUCUACAAGUUAUAGGGUGAGCCACUGAAUCCAGGUGCCAAGCAGCACUGGCACCUACAUGCAGAUUUAUUCAAUCUGCUGUUUAUUUUCUCACAUAACUUCAAGACAGCUCCAAAGGCUAAAAAGAAAAGCAAAAGCCUUUCAUCAUAGUCUCAAAAAUGUCCCAUUUUGUACAAAGAGGGAGAAAACCAACUCAAUCUUGAUUUGUUUUACUACUUACUGCCUAUCAGAAAAAGGAUCAGUUAAGCUAAAAUAGGACUGCAAGAGUAAAUUAAGCCAAACUUUACCUUACAGAAAGAAAGGACUGCCAUUAGACUGACAUUUCCAGAUAGAAUUAUGGGCAAAAACAAAAUGGAAGAAAAAUUAAAAAUUAAAACUACAACAUCUGUCACUGAAAACAAGAUGGGAGAGGUAGGUUAAAUCUACCUGCAGGUAGGCUAAAUCUACUUGCAGGUUUUCACAUUUUUUAAACAAGCAGAACUUUCAAAGUUUCUUUUCCAGUGAAGCAGUGUUGCAUCGGAAUCAGGUUAUUGCUACUUGUCACAGUAAGCAACACUCACCUGUGAUUUAGCAGCAUAAGGAUGGAACUGUGAUUAGUUUUGUUUGACCGGUACUUUUUAAUUGGAUAAAACACAAUUAUUUGAUGUACUUUUAUUAUUUAAUAAAAUUGAUUAUAUUUAUGGCCCUUCAGACUUCACUUAUUAAUGGUAAAGCUACUCAUCAGGAGGAAAUAAUUUGCCAGCAUUACCUGACUUUUCCUCAUUUCCCCUAAUUCUUAGGGGAAUUUUCAUUCCACGUAAAGAUACAGAGAUUCCAAAAGGUGUUUGUUUUCCUUUGUAAUGAAAAGAUGAAUGGUAUAAGUGAGCACUCAGCAACACUGUGAGUGUCUAUUUCCAGGACCUCACACAUUUAAGCAGACGGUGUCACACUGAACUAGCACUCCUACAAAAUGCCAGGAAGUCCUAUUGAAGAAGGCUAUUGGAAUUUGCUCUUCAUCCUUUUUUUUUUUUUUUUUUUUGCAUGGACCUCCAAUAAACCAUCACUCACUGUA